UUGUGGAUAUGGAUGGGCACGUCGAUAAGGCUUUAUGUUUGUUCGGGAUCGGAUUUUUUUAGAAACAGGGAACAUAAUCAUAAUACGAUAUUGGAUUGGAGGAUAUAUCUUCAAUAAACGAAUGAGGUGCAAGGCAAGUGCGGACAAUUCAAAUUUUGUACCAAGGAAACGAUUACAGUCUGUACGAUAAUGGUGGUUGUACUCGCAGCACCGCGCGUGCAUUUAAAUGCGCUGAUAAGAAAAACGCCAUUAACCUUGUAAUAGUUCGCCCAUUCAGAGGUGCAAAGGUCCAAAGCACAAUUAGUCCGGCCGCAUAACAUUACAUAACAAAAAUAGAAAUUUUUUUUUUAGAAAACGUCACUUGCACAUCCAUCGACCGAACGAACGCGCAACGGAAUGCAACGGAACUCGAUUACUUAAGAUACAACAAGUAAAUAUGACGUAACGAAACAAAACACAUCCAUUGAGACAUCGGAGAACGGUUCCCCCCUUCGUAAGCCCCCCAGAUAUCGUGUAGGUAAUUCAGACGAAACAGGAAAUAUGACAAUGGGUGACGAGACGCCAGUAACAACGUUAAUUUUACCAGUGCUAAUACGCCCAAUCCUAUCGCAGUUGGAGAGACGUGAUGUAUCAGCCUCACAAACACUCAGAGCUGCCCUGUCGAAAGCAGAAAGCUCCUUCCCUGGACUAACCUAUGAUCUAGUUGUGGGCAUCUUGCGUCGUGGUGAGCUCAAUGUGAACAUGAAUGAAAGCAUCCUGAGACUGCAAGGGGCCCUCAAUGAUUCUGACGUGGUUGAAUAUCGUUUAAAUCGUUCCGAGGACGCUUUUCAAGAACUGAAUAAAAAGUCUGCUACACUCAAGAAAAUCCUCAGUCGAAUUCCUGACGAAAUCACAGAUAGAAAAACAUUCUUGGAAAUAAUUAAGGAAAUUGCUAGUGCCAUCAAGAAACUGUUGGAUGCAGUGAAUGAAGUGAAUGGAUUCAUACCAGGUCCAACUGGAAAGCAAGCUCUUGAUCAACGCAAAAGGGAAUUUGUGAAAUACUCGAAGAGAUUCAGUAACACUCUGAAAGAGUAUUUCAAGGAAGGACACGCAAAUUCCGUAUUCGUAAGCGCUCUUUAUUUAAUCCAUCAAACCAAUAUGAUAAUAUCGACUGUGAAGAGCAAGUGCGAGUGAGAUAAGCAUUCAGGGCCUAGGACUAAAUUAAGUAUUAAUUUCUAAUAAUAUAUAUAUAUAAAAAAAUGUAUAAUAAGUGUGUUGUCGGUAUAAGGUUUUACAACUUUUAUUUUUUAAUUAUUUUCAUUUGAUUCUAAAUUCGAUAAAAUUUUGUUUGUUUUGUAUCGCUUAAAGAUUCCAUUUCUUAUGCAAUUCAUUCAUUCAUACUAGGUUUACUCUACCUGUAUUUUUUUUCUUUGUUUGUCGAGUAUUAUUAGGAUUUAAAACGUGCAGCAAUGAAUGAAGUGGGGAAAAGUUUAAAUUGUAUAGAUGUAUAAAAUAUGUUGGAAUAUAUUGAAUGAAUUUAUUUUUCAACGAAACAGAGAGAGCUAUAUAAUGUGAGAGAUUAUAUCUAACAUAGAUUUUCUUUAAAAUGCCAAAUUAUAAUAUAUAUAUGA